UUCUCUCCCCCACAUUCACUCACUCAACCAAACCACGUCUUCCCCCUCUCUUCCCCACUGUUAGGUUGACCAGAAAACGCGAGGAAACCAUGGAUGUUGAUCUCACCCCCAAGCUCCCCAAGAAUGUCUGCGGAGGCGACGGUGGCUCCUACCAAGCCUGGUGCCCCGAUGACCUCGGCAUGCUCAAGCGCGGCAACAUCGGCGCCGCCAAGCUCGGCCUUCAGAAGAACGGACUUGCUCUCCCUCGCUAUUCCGAUUCCGCCAAGGUCGCCUAUGUUCUCCAAGGUAAUGGAGUGGCUGGAAUUGUUCUCCCGGAGAAGGACGAGAAGGUGAUCGGGAUCAGGAAGGGUGACGCCAUUGCGCUCCCUUUCGGCGCGGUGACCUGGUGGUACAACAAGGAAGACGCUGAGCUGAUCGUCCUGUUCUUGGGGGACACCUCGAAGGGCCACAAGGCAGGUUCCUUCACCGAUUUCUACCUCACAGGGACCAACGGCAUCUUCACCGGCUUCUCCAGCGAGUUUGUUUCUCGGGCGUGGGAUGUGGACGAGAGCACUGUCAAGGCGCUCGUCGGCAGCCAAUCCGGAAAAGGAAUCGUCAAGCUCGAUGGUUCGAUCAAGCUCCCCGACCCAAAGAAGGAGGACCGCGAACGCCUGGUCUACAACUGCGAGGAGGCUCCUCUUGAUGUCGACAUCAAGAACGGAGGAAGGGUGGUGGUGCUGAACACCAAGAACCUCCCCUUGGUUGCCGAGAUUGGGCUUGGUGCCGAUCUCGUGAAGCUGGAUGGCGGCGCCAUGUGCUCCCCUGGUUUCUCUUGCGAUUCUGCCUUGCAGGUGACUUACAUUGUGAGCGGAAGCGGCAGGGUCCAGGUUGUGGGUGUGGAUGGCAAGAGGGUGUUGGAGACUACCGUCAAGGCUGGCCAAUUGUUCAUUGUCCCCAGGUUCUUCGUUGUUUCGAAGAUCUGUGAUCCUGAUGGAAUGUCUUGGUUCUCAAUCAUCACCACUCCAAACCCGAUUUUCACCCACUUGGCUGGAAGGACCUCGGUGUGGAAGGCACUGUCGCCGGCGGUGCUGGAGGCGUCUUUCAAGGUGUCGUCGGAGGUUGAGAAGAAGUUCAGGGGAACUAGGACUUCUGAUGAGAUUUUCUUCCCACCGUCCAAGUGAGCGAGCUUCAGCGAGCCGUAGGCAGAGAUAGACCUGCUGAACAUUAGCCAGUGUCUCUGCCGAUCAAUCGUUGCCAUGAGAAUAAAUAAAGAUAGGAAUCAGUAAAUUGUUAGGCUUAUGUUUUUCUAUUAUUGUUUCGGUUUCCUUCUCUGUUUGCUACAGUCGGAUUUCGGGUCCAGAUUUUGCUGUCUGUUCGGAUUUGACAAUUGAUUGGGAUUCUCCGUGAUAUUGUGCAUCAUUUCCAUAUCUGUUCCUUUCACUUUUGUUUUAGUGAGGAACAAAGAUAAUAUAUUUUUCUGCCAAAAAAGAGAAUCUAUUUAACCAUACCAUUGCACAUUACACAAGGAAGA